AUGAUUCCUUCCAAGCGAACCCUCGAGGGCCUGGAGCAGUCCAAGAAAAAGCGACUUUGCCGCCCUGCACCGCUGAAACUCAAAGACCCGUCCAUGCCAACUCACCUGGCAAAUGGUGAUAACCUGUCCCCCUUCCUGGCCGAGAAUGGUCAACCCUCGCCAAUUCCCGCCAAGCUGUUCACCAACGCGUUAGAGAUCAAUGAACCAUCCACCACGCCCACCCCGUUGGCCAAUGGCGAUGCUCUCUCCCCCACCCUCUUCAACCAGUCCCUGAAUAUAAGUGAGCCAUCCGAGGCCGCGCCCAUUCAGGGCCCAUCCCCCUUCUCCGGCGCAGGAAACACCCAGCCGGCCGAGUUCAACCCCCGUCUCUCUACCCCCAACAAUGGGGCAUCGGGCACCGCCAACGUCAAUUGGCCACUGCCAUACACUCGCACUGUUGGCCCGGUCAACGAGGACGGCUUCGCCGUAGUCACCCAGACUUGGUAUGACUACAGCGCGAUGAAUGAUGAUAGCGCGACGGACUCGUCCUCGGGAAGUCCUCGCUCGUUCCGCUUCACCCCCCGGGCCUUUCCUGCCCCCCCGAGUCCGAACCCGCGUCCAGUACUUCGGCCGGUCUGGUGGAGCAGCUCGCAGGCGGCCCCGCUUCAUCAUGGGGUUCCGCAGGGGCUGCCCCCAGUGCCGUCGCCACGUACCUGGCCACUCCAACCAUCUCAUCUUCCGUUGAGAUGGCCCUUUGAUGACUCUCAUGAAGAAAUGAGGUUGAGUUGA